CCUUUGACCUGGAUCGUCUUUCCACAUAAUCAGAUGAGGUGAUCUGAUCAGGCGCAUUAUUCAUCACUUUUCCCUCGUUUUCUCAGCGGACAAGGCCAGACCGUGAUGGCGGAGGGGGAUCAGGUUACAGAAAUGGUGGCCGACAGCACCAGUCAGGAGGUGCCCGUAACAACCACAUCCCCGAUCACAGUGAACGGAGUCAAACCUCGCGUUUACUACCAAUGUGACCAGUGUCCGUAUCUGAGUGAAAACCGCUUUGCCCUCAUUCGCCACUAUCGUACCCACACGGGCGAGAAGCCCUUCAAGUGUAAGUACUGCCCCUCCGCGUUUGCGCAGGCGUACGACCUGAAGCGCCACAGCAUGGCCAUACACGAUCAGUCCAAGCCCCACAAGUGUCCGAAGUGCGACUUUGAGUGCCUGCGCAAAGGCAACCUGGUUGCCCACAUCAGGAGGACCCACUCAGAUGGCAAGCCGUUCAAGUGCAGCUAUGGGAAUUGCUCGUACAGCACCACCACUAAGAAGUACCUACAUGUACACAUGGCUAUCCAUGCCAACAAGGAGAGGUAUCAGUGUACCAAGUGUGAGUACAAGUGCCCUCACCAGUGGAUCCUGACGCGUCACAUGCGCAAACACGAGCGGGAAGAACAGCGGGCAGCGGAACAGGCGGCGUGGGAGGCACAGCAGGCUAAAGUCACGUCACAGGCUCAGGUCACGGUCGUCGAGACGAAGCCAAUGCAGGCUCAGGUUCAAGUGGACGGUUCCCAGAAGGUGCCGGUUCUCAUCGCCAAAGGUUUUCCCCCGCCCCAGCGCAACCCCAUCCAGAAGGUCUUCAUCACACCGAGCUCCACUCAACAAGUAGGAACCAUGUCUAACACAGUUGUCACUACAACAAUACCGGUAAUAAAGGGCUGGACCCCCACAGCAGUCAACAUCGCCCUCCCUGUACAGUCUCCCAGUACCUGCCAGGCACAGCCAGCCACAGUAAACCUCACCAACCAAACACAGGUCACCACCUCACCGAAAAGCCCCAGCAGAGCGUCGUCUCGCAGUAACCUGGGGAAGAAGAGGAUCCGGGACAUGAUCCGGGAUGAUGAUGAAAUGAGCACGACCAGUACAGGCCGCGGUCACUCAGUCCCCGGCAGUCUGAUCGACAAGCCCUUCCAGUGUGACAUGUGUGGAUUUGCCUUCACUCAUAACUGGCUACUACAGCGGCACAUAAAGACCCACCAGUACAGUGGUAAGAACAAGCAGCAGCUGUUGGCCCGGAGUCUGCUGAGAGCUGCCCGGAACCAGCUGGAGCGACCACGCCCCUUCAAGUGCGAGGAGUGUGGGUUUGCCUUCAUCCAGAACUGGCUGCUACAGAGGCAUCUACGCUCACACGCUGCACGCAGGAUGAAGCAACAAGAGCAGGGGUCGUACUUUGCUGGGAAGGUGAUCGCACAAGUCCAGCAGCCCCAACAGGUGCUCCAAGGCCAGACCUUUGCCUCACAGACCAUCACAGUCCAGCAGAACACUUACAAACAGGAGGCCAGUGACAGUGAAGAGGACAGUGGGGAGGAUGAUGUGUACAGUGAUGAGGAUGACUCCCUCUCUCCCAUCCCUGCUGCCAAGAUGCAGGAGUAUCAGUGUAACUUCUGUCCAUUCCAGGCUAACAAUGGACUGUCCCUGGCAAACCACCUCCGCAUCCACAGUGAGAAAACCUUCAAGUGCAAUGUGUGUGAAUUCACCACCGGCAACAGGAAAGCCUACAUCACCCAUGUACAGGAGCAUGCAAACAAGAAGCACCACUGCACCUUCUGUAGUCUGACGUUUGAGUCAGGAGUCGGCCUGUCCAAUCACAUCAGGGGACACAUGGGAGAGAACAAGUACAGAUGUGAUCACUGCCCCUUCUCCACCAACCAGCGUAGAGUCCUGGAGCGUCACGUGAAGCGCAGCCACACCCGCAAGCCUCUGCAGCCAACCAUGAUCAUCAAACCAAACUUGGCCCCCAUCAGCCAACCACAGGAGACCUUUCAUGUGGACUUGGGUCCGUCGGACAUCGGGCAGGAGGUGACGGUGGGCGUGGACGGGGAGGAGGAACUGGAGUACGAGUCGGUCAUCUUUGAGUGUCGCUACUGCGGGCGGCAGUUUGACAUCCAGGAGGAGUGGGUCCGACACACACAGAGGCACAUGUGGUGAAUGAAUGGAGACGUAUCUCAGCUAUAACAGUACAGUACGUCUGUUUGGUGUAGAUGAUUGGAACGCUUUCUUCAGUCUAUUGUAAAAGUCAAGUGUAAAUGGUAUUAACAUUUUGCAAGACCUUACAUACCUCUGACAAGGAACAAGCUUUGUUUUAUCUCAGCUGUUACUGUGACCAUUUUUGUAACAAUUCCUGUAUUUAUUACAACGUAAUGGUCUUGUACAAUUGAUUUGGGUUGAAGCCCACCGUCUGUUAAAUGCAACUGACCAACACUGCCAUUGGCCAGUGAGCUAAAACUCUGAUAUGGUCACAUUUCUCAUGGAUGAAAGUGCCAGAAUUUUUAAUAUGUCAAGUACUGCAGUUUGGGACCUUUCCCAAGUGACCUUGUAACAAGACAAGAGCAGAAGUUGUGAUUCAAUUGUUUUGAUGUGCUGCAGUGAUUAUGUCCUAGACAUGUAAUUUAUGACUAGUGAGGAUGUAUUUAUUAUACCUAGGAAUUUUGAAGUGGCAUCCCUUAGUAGUUGUAAUGUGUGUGUCUGUGUGAUGACUAAGACAUUUAGCAAAAGUGCUGAUGAAAGUACAAUGUAUUUAAACAAAGCUGCUAACUUAAUGCUUAUGUAACUACUCCUUUUCACACAGUUGCCUUAUGUAAUUAGCUUUUGGAAGAACAGCACAUGUAAUGAUAUUCCAUGUGCUU